ACAAAAUCCCUCAUAGACAUCAGUGGAACAACAACGGAUUUGUGUGUUGGGCUUCUUAGAUGCGCUACAUAUACAACUUAAAGGCUUUGAUCAUUAAGUCCAUGAUGCUUCCUUCCAACAUGUUGAUAACCAUGCUAAUUGAAGGACGAAUGAUGGACAAAAGUACAGCAGAUGUAGCUUCAGAUGGGUAUCACAAAUAUAAGGAAGAUGUCAAGCUGAUGGCUGAAUUGGGAUUGGACUCCUACAGAUUCUCCAUCUCUUGGUCAAGACUUCUUCCGAAUGGAAGAGGAUUUUCGAAUCCUAAAGGUCUGCAGUUCUACACCAACUUCAUCGAUGAGCUAGUGAAAUAUGGUUAG